AACCAUCGGAAGCUCUCGGCUGUUUCCGGCGGACCCCCGGUCAUUUAGCUACUAGCCGAGUUGAUUAGCUAGCUACCACGGCUAAUGUUUGUAGGAAAUUCAAUGUUAGCCGCUCGGGACUGGAUGGUAGAAGCAGCAUAGGAAGAUGGCGGACGUUACGGGACAAGAGGUCAGCUCCACGGCCCCACCGUUGCCUCGUCCUUCCUCCCGGAACGGCUCCGGGAGCGGCACUCCAGACACCGGCGGCGGUGGCUGGCAGACGCCGACCACCGUUACUUCAGGCCCGAGGCUAGUCCGGAUAGUGAAGUCGGAUUCGGGCUACGGCUUCAAUGUUCGGGGACAGGUCAGCGAAGGGGGCCAGCUGCGGAGCAUCAACGGGGAGCUGUACGCCCCGCUGCAGCACGUCAGCGCCGUGCUCCCGGGGGGAGCUGCCGACAGAGCCGGCAUCUCCAAGGGGGACAGGAUCCUGGAGGUCAACGGGGUAAACGUGGAGGGAGCCACGCACAAGCAGGUGGUGGAUCUGAUCCGGGCCGGCGAGAAAGAGCUGGUGCUGGCCGUGCUGUCCGUCCCACCACAGGAGGCCGACUGCCUGGACCCCGGAGACGACGGGUCGGCCCUCUCCUGCUACGACUACUCUGACAAGCAGGCCGUCCCCAUCUCCAUCCCCAGCUACAAACACACCGAGCUCAACAACGAGAAGUUCGUGGUUUACAAUGUAUACAUGGCAGGCAGGCAGCUGUGCUCAAAGCGUUACCGCGAGUUUGUGAUUCUGCACCAAAACCUCAAGAGAGAAUUCCCCAAUUUUUCGUUCCCCAAACUGCCUGGGAAGUGGCCGUUUUCACUGUCGGAGCAGCAGCUGGACGCACGGCGCCGAGGCUUGGAGGAAUACCUGGAAAAAGUGUGCUCGGUACGGGUAAUCGGAGAAAGUGACAUCAUGCAGGAGUUCCUGUCUGAAUCAGAUGAGAACUAUAACGGCGUGUCAGAUGUAGAGCUGAGAAUAGCCAUGCCUGAUAAAACAACGCUCACGGUUAGAGUUCGCAAAAACUCCACUACAGACCAGGUUUAUCAGGCUGUGGUUCUGAAGCUGGGGAUGGACAGUGUAACAGCCAGCUACUUCGCUCUGUUUGAGGUCAUCAACCACACCUUUGUGCGUAAACUUGCCCCCAACGAGUUCCCCCACAAACUGUAUGUCCAGAACUAUACCUCAGCCGUCCCUGGGACCUGCCUUACUCUGCACAAGUGGCUCUUCACCACAGACGAAGAGGUUCUGCUCAGUGACAACCAGCUGGCUGUCAGCUACUUCUUUCACCAGGCCCUUGAUGAUGUGAAGAAAGGCUUCAUCAAAGUUGAGGAGAAGUCUUAUCAGCUGCAGAAGCUGGCAGAGCAGAAGAAGAUGUCCAUGUACCUGAGUCUGUUGAGAAGUUGUGACGGCUACAACGAGAUCAUCUUCCCUCACUGCUCCUGUGACUCCAGACGUAAAGGUCACGUGAUCACAGCCAUCAGCGUACAGAACUUCAAGCUGCACGCCUGCACAGAGGAGGGCACGCUGGAG